UUCCCUUCUGUGGAGUGGGCUGCGUUGCAGCUACAUAAAAAUAACAUUGCGUAUUUUAAUUCGCAAUUGUUAUGUUAUAAUUAGAAUCUUAUUAAAAACAGUUAGACUAGUCUCUCAGUUUGCUGUUUCAAUAAUCAUUAUAUGCAGAUCACAAGAUGGCAACACAUACAUUGGCAUUCUUCGUGCUGGCAACAUUCCUCCCACAUUUGAACACAGAGUACAUUCCACCGGGCCCUGCAUACCCGUGUCCGAAAGAGACGGACAAUGCGUUGUUGUUUCCCUGCGUGUGCGAGAAAGGGACAGACGCAGGGCUGUAUGUGCGCUGCUCGAACACAGGACUCGCGGUUAUGAGCGUGGGUUUAGGCAACAUCGCGGGUAUGGGACUGCCCAUAGAGAGGCUGCUCAUUGAGGAAUGUAAAAUAACAAAUUUAUUCGGCCCACUCCUCCACAGAUCCACAGUAAGGACGCUUCACAUUGUAGACACGCCGAUAAAGUCGAUAGACGAAUACGCGUUCUUCGGUGUGAAUAGGACCUUACAGGAAAUAUACAUGUACAAUACUAGGAUCGAUGAAUUCCCCAAAAAGGCUUUUAAGAUUCUAGGCAACCUAACAACCCUGUCCAUAGACGGGCACCGUAUGACGUCACUGAGCAAGGAUAUAUUCGCGGGCAGCUUGGCUGCCGGACGGUUGGAGAAGCUGCACUUGGUCAAUGGCUUGCUAUCCGACAUUCCCGUCGAGGCUUUUCAAAAUCUCAAAAAGCUAAAAAAGUUAGACCUCCACGGCAAUCGGUUGGCGACGUUAAAGCGGAAUCAAUUCCGAGGAUUAAGGGAUACAGAAGUAUUAGAUUUAAGUUAUAACAACAUCACAAAAUUAGACGGCAGCCAUAUUGGUGAUCUAUCUAAACUAGGCUGGUGUAAUGCAAGUCACAACCUGCUGCCCGACAUACCCCGGGGUAUGUUCGCAAGAAACACAGUAAUAAAAGUGGUACAUCUGGAUAAUAAUAAAAUUAAGAAAUUAGAUACAAACAGCUUUAAAGGAAUGAGGUUUUUAAGGCGUCUCUACCUCCAAGACAACGAGAUCUCCGAAGUAGGCACAGGCACAUUCACCGCUGUGACCAGGAUAGGCACGGUCGACUUGGCCAGGAAUAAAAUCACCAAAGUCAGCUAUCAGAUGUUCCAGGCUGUCAAAUACGCUGAGUUAAUAAACCUAGCCGAGAACAAAAUAACAUUUAUAGACAAGCAAGCGUUCACGGACCUCUACUUGGCCGUGGUCAACAUAUCCCACAACGAAUUGUCAAACAUCGAACCUGGGGCCUUCCAGAAUUGUAACAACAUGACCCUCUUGGAUCUGAGUCAUAAUAAACUAAAGGAAAUCAAUAAGAAGGCGUUUGAUGAAAACACCUAUGCGUCUGAAUUUCAGGUGUCUUAUAAUGAGUUCACCGAUUUGGGACAGAUACCAAUCCAAAAUAUGACAGGUAUAAGAGUACUAAACGCGUCAUACAACAGUAUUACAACCAUCCCGAAAACUGCUUUUCCCAAACUGUACGAACUUCACACAGUAGACGUAUCACAUAAUAAUCUAUCGGAGAUUUUCAAUGCUGUGUUUCAAAAUCUAUUUUCAUUAAGAUUCCUUAACCUAAGCUACAAUUCCCUAGAACGCAUCAAACCAUCAACAUUCGGUACGAUUCCCACAGUACUAGAGCUGGAUUUAUCGCACAACCGGUUGGUCGACGUGUCGAGAGGCAGCCUGGCUAAGUUGGCCAGUUGUAGACUAUUGGAUGUCAGCUUUAACAACUUGGAUAGAAUAUUCCAGAUCUCCAUUAGUUUGGGAGAGCUAAACUUCGCACAUAACAACCUAAGUGAAAUCAAAAUAAGUACAUGGCCAAGUAUGAACGCGUUGCUCCGACUGAACUUGUCUCACAACAUGUUGGAAGACCGGUUGAACCACGACGCGUUUUCUAGUCUACUGACGCUGCAGUCGCUGGAUUUGUCGGCCAACGGGUUGACUAAACCGCCCUGGGAAGCGUUGAAUACUUUGACUAGUUUACAGUACUUAUAUUUACAGCACAACAACAUGACUUCUCUAUCGAAAUCGGCUUUCGGAAAUCUACCAACGACAUUCAAACUGGAUUUAUCGCACAACCAGUUGAGCGACUUGGGUCAAAAAUCGUUCGACGGGAUGCAGCAGUUGCUAGAUUUGUCGUUGAGAGGGAACAGACUUGCACACAUACAGAAUGAAGUGUUCAAGGGAUUAGUUGCUUUGAGGAGGUUGGAUCUUUCAUACAAUAGUUUGGACAAAAUUGACAACAAAACUAAUGGACUUUUGGACGAUUGUCUCUCACUUGAAAUGGUAAACCUAAGUCAUAAUCAUUUCGGAUUUCUCUCAAGAAAGAUGUUUCCUGCCAACCCUUGGAUACCGUACAGACUGAUGGAAGUAGAUCUGAGUUACAAUGAGAUACCCGUAGUUACAUUUGACAUCACUUUUGGCGCGAAAAAGUUGAAGAAAUUGGACUUAUCUAAUAAUUACAUCAAUGAUAUUAGGAACAAUGUUUUAGGCAAUUUAACAUCACUAGAAGUUUUGGAUUUAUCAAACAACCAAUUAAAAGAUUUAGUUUCAAGAACAUCCGAUACAAAAUUCAACCUACCUGAAAACAUAACAGAGAUAUACUUACAAAACAACACAUUAGAGAAGCUACCAAUAGAGAUUUUGGCUAACGCUAGUCAUUUGAAAGUUCUAGAUCUAAGGAACAACUUGCUGACUAGUUUCUAUCCUCAGUUAGUUAAGAAGAUCCGAGACAAGAACUUGAUGGUGUAUUUCGAGAACAACAAACUAAAAUGUGAUUGCUUCACUCGCCCGCUAAAGCACUAUUUACAUAAAUUACCGGAGUCCAUUUUGAAAAACGAUGAGAAAUACAAAAAUCUAGUCUGUUUCGAACCGCCUUCUUUGGAAGAUGAGAACUUUUUGGAAUUAAAUGAAGAUCGAUUAUUGUGUGCUAGCAAUGUUGAAUUGAAUGACAAAAUAAGGGCGUAUGGCAACACUGAAUUCGAUUUUACUUCGGAACCUGAUGUUUUGUUUAGAGAUAUACAAUAUUCACAAACCGCAAUAUAUGCAUUCUGGUAUGUAUCAACGACGGACGACGUCGCAGACUUUUAUAUAUACGUUCGGGACAAAUCAAAUAACUUACUAUUCAGCCAAGAUAUAGCAUACAACCUCCGUUCGUUAACAAUAAACAUUGAUAAAGAUUUCCAAAAUGCACUCAAAAAUAACCAAAAUGGCGACAAAAUCGAGAUCUGCAUACAAGCGAAAAGCUCCAACAAUUUCGCGCGCAAAUGGUUUGACAGCCAAUGUCAAGCGAUCCAGUCAAAUUUCGAAUCGUGGCCGAAAAAAUUGACAGUUGACAAACGGAGACUGUCAAAAAAGAAAGUCAGAUAUAGCUGGUUUUCAAACAGUGUUUUGGGUUUGGUUAGCGAUUCCAUUCUGAUAACACUCUGCAUAUUUAUAGGGGUCUGUUUUCGGAGAUUAGCCGAUUUGGAGGUUUGAUGGGAUUUUUUUAAUGAAUUUUAGGCGAAAAACUGAUGUGUAAAAAAAAAUAGCCGAUUUUCGGCAAAACCCCGGUUUUUGAUGGGUCUAUUUACUAUUGUAACCCUGAUAGGGUGAGUUAUUAAAACAAAAAAAAAACCAUUUUGAACAAAAAAAAAUUUUUUUUUCUAGGGUUCCGUACUGGAAAACACACGUAAUGGAAAAACGGAACCCAUACACCAGUUUGUUGCCCGUCGUCCAUGGGUUGUUUUCUCGCUUUUUUUAAAAUUCAGAUACAAGUUAGCCCUUGACUGCAAUCUCACCUGGUGGUAAGUGAUGCAGUCUAAGAUGGAAGCGGGCUAACCUGGAAGGGGUAUGGCAGUGUUCAUUAAACCCAUACCCCUUUGGUUUCUACACGGCAUCGUACCGGAACGCUUCAUCGCUUGGCGGCACGGCUUUCGGAAACGGCUUGAGAUAUGAAGUUGAAAUAUAUACUGAAUAUUA